AUGUCGAAGAAACCCUCAAAAGUUGAUGAGGCAGUGGAAGCCGUUGGCUCCCCUCUGGAAGUUGCUCGAGUUGGACUAGCACCAUCUUACUUCACAACCAGAAGAACGCGAACUUUAUCGGCAACGGCGCGGAUCGACGCCGCUGAUCUAGAGACCGGCACAGUUGCCGCUUUCUCCAGAACAAAAGGGCAUGGCUUCUUGAACUCUGAAGACGGAAAGCAGGAGUUUUUCCACGUCUCUGAUGUUGUUUCUCAGAUCAUUCCAAAAGAGGGGGAUUUAGUCAAGUACAGAGUGAUUCCCAUUCCUCCAAAGUUCGAGAAAUGCCAAGCAGUUCAGAAAUCGGUCGAAAUGGAUUUGAACGGGGAGAUCGACUGGCAUGAUUUUUUGGAUGGUAGUGACUUCGAGGAAGAUGAAGAAGAGGAACAAGAAGAAGAUGGACUGUUUAGCGACUUUCUGAAGCAGGAGGUUGAUAACCCACUUUAUGAAAGAAACAAAGAGCUGAUGGAGGUGAACGCGGAAGUAAUUCAGGCGAAUAUCGAGCUACGAAAGAAAGUGCGAGCGUUGACGGAUGAAAAGACAGCACUAAUGGCAGAGAUGUUGGACAUGAGGUGCGAAGUGGCUCUCAAAAUGGAACAAUACGAAGCCAGCAGAACGCAAAAUGUGACUCUGGAAUCUAAUUCUUCAUCCGCUUUAGGCGAUUCAUUCAUCAACGAGACAAACUCAAGACCGGGAUCGAGAGGUGACAAUUCUCGACCUAAUUCAGCAGAGCCAGAGUUCGUUGGAAGUAAAAUGAAGCUGCCUGGGCGACGGACGACUGCCUUCAAUCUUGAUUUUGAUGAAACUGCGGAAUUCAAGUCGCCCGAAGAGCCAGUGCAACAAGGGACGAAGAUGAAGCUGCCAGGAAGGAGAACGACUCGCUUCAAGCUUGAUCUAGAUGAGACGAAUGAGGAGAACGAAAGCCCAGUCGUCCAGAAGCCGCUACCAGAGCGAAUAAAACGGCCUUCCCGCUCUAAAGCAACCAGGAAAUCAAAGUACAGACAGACAAUGCUCACUGUUGAAGAAGAUCGCGAGGUAGAAACGAGCAAGCUUCCUUCGCCCGAUAUGGGCUUGCUCAAAAUUGGCAAAACGGCAACUUUCGCUUUCGAAUAUGAUGAAACGAUCGAUGGAAGUCCGAUAAGAAGCCCUAGAUCUACGAAAAACAGUCCAAAGAUUAAAAGCCCUGGUAGUUUGUGCAAGAGUCCGCUAGCAAGUCCGCUCUCAGAAAAAGAAGAAACGACACCAGGCCGACGUCGGCGAUUCGAAAAGCCCGAGAUUCAGGGAGCGAAAAUGAAGAUUCCCGGCAGAAGGACGACAACUUUUGGGUUUGAUUUUGAUGAGAGCAACGAGUCGCUGAAAGAAGAAGAAGCAGUAGCUAGUCCUUCUGUUCUUUUACGCCAUCGCCGAAGCCAGCCGGCUCAAGAAAAGCAAAACGGCAGAAAAUCUCAAAAAAGACGGAAAUCAAGCAGUAAGCGAGGCUCGCUUUCAAAACCGGGGGGUAUUUUUGGAAACAUCAGUGCAACAACGGAAACGAUAUCAGUUCCUGAUUUAAGCUUGCAAGAAACUGCAGCCUAUGAGGGAGUGUCCAAAGACAGGCAUGAGGAAUCGAAUGAGAAUGCUGCUACGGAAAUUUCAGCAACAAAGAAAAAAGGAAGACCUAAGAAAAACGCGCAGCCCGUUACACCACUGAAAGAACAAAACGGUCCAGAACCGUUGGUGAACAUCUCUGAGCGAGUCAGUCGCCGCGCUCGAAAAGUCGUCAGCUACAAGGAACCGAGCACAGGGUCGAAGCUUCGCCGUGGAGAUGCAAAUACAGACUCCAGCCUCUAUAGCAGCUGGUCACCAAAGAAUUCUACUAAGAAUAGCGCGAAGAAAAAACCGAAAAAACGAGUAUAA